AUGGCUGCUGUACAAUUAGACCACAAAUUUGUUAGUACCCCCAAAUUGGUUGAACCCGCCAGUGCUCCAAAGUAUGUGGAGAGUGCUCUGGACUACGUAGUACCGGAAAUUCCUCACAAACAAGCACACGAUGAGAUCUUCGACGCUUUGAGAAAGAGAAUUGAAGCGAUCAAUGAGGAGACUUGCGAACCUGGUGAUGAAAAUUCGUUUUUUGUGUGCGACAUUGGUGAGGUUCAAAGAUUGUACAAUAAUUGGCACAAGCGGUUACCGCGGGUUCAGCCCUUUUACGCGGUUAAAUGCAAUCCAGAUCAUCGAGUACUUGCAAAGCUUGCAUCAUUGGGGGUCAAUUUCGAUUGUGCGUCCAAGACAGAGAUUGAAAAAGUGCUAGCGCUAGGUGUAUCACCAAACAGAAUUAUCUAUGCUAACCCCUGCAAGGCGUCAAGCUUUAUCAGAUACGCUGCGAAAAACAAAGUUUUGAAGUCUACUUUUGACAACGUCGAGGAGUUGCACAAGAUUAAAAAAUAUCACCCUGAAUCACAACUACUAUUAAGAAUUACCACCGAUGAUUCGACAGCUCAAUGUCGACUAUCAACCAAGUACGGUUGCGAGUUAGAAAAAGUUGACGAGCUUUUGGAAACUGUUCAGAAAUUAGGGUUGAACUUAAUAGGGGUUUCGUUCCACGUAGGUUCCGGUGCAUCCGAUUUAAGCAGUCUUUACAAGGCCGUUCGGGACGCCCGCUUUGUUUUUGACAAAGCUGCCUCUCAAUACGGACUUCCGGCAUUGCAAAUUCUAGAUGUUGGUGGAGGUUUCCAAUUUGACACUUUUGCUCAGUCCAGCCUAGUGCUCAGCGAUGCCAUCGAUGAAUUUUUCCCCACAGAAUCAUUUGGGAAUUUGCAAAUCAUUGCAGAACCAGGCCGUUAUUUCGCGGCUACGACUUUCACACUAGCGGUAAAUGUGAUCGCCAAGAGAAAUCUGGGUGAGCAAGAAGCAAUGAUUUACGUCAACGAUGGGGUCUACGGCAAUAUGAACUGCAUCCUGUUCGACCACCAAGAACCUACGCCGCGCACCUUGUACCACAACAAGCAAUUCCACUACUAUGAUUUCGACUCUUCGUCGACAAAAAAAGCUGCCUCUUUACCACACAAAGUUUCAAUGUGGGGCCCCACAUGCGACGGUCUGGACUGCAUUACAAAAGAGCACUACAUGAAACACGAUUUGGUUACGGGCGACUGGAUUUAUUUCCCCAAUUUAGGAGCCUACACUUCAUCAGCCGCAACACCUUUCAAUGGAUUCGAACAGACUGUAGACACUAUCUACAUCGAAUCUUCCUACUAA